CGCCGUCCGCCGUCCGCCGUCCGCCGUCCACCGUCCGCAGCAGCGAGAGAGAGCCAAGGACGAGACAAGAGGCGACGAUGAUCUACCGCAACUGGUCCCUGCUCUCGUCCACCGUGGUCAUCUGGGGCAGCGUCGCCACCGUCGGCCUCGCCGGGAUCUUCCUCUUCGGCGGCAAGGAGAAGUUCCAGGGCUAUCUUUCACGUGAAGGUGAGAGGCUGAGGCAGCAGGACAGAGCCAUGAUGGGCAAGAACUAGUGCAAAGUACAAACAAAAUUUCACCGUAAUCGACGUAUCAACAUGUGAACUAGACAUGGAACUUAUCUCCCAGCACUAGAACUUCUCCAAUCGAUCCUUGUAAUGGCUUUUUUUUAUUUCCUUGAACAAUCUGCCUCUGCAAAUAAUGUCUGAUGCACAUGCUUGUGGAGAACUCAUUUCGUUCCACAGUGCUGUAUAAAUGACUGCUGGUAUCUCA